CGAGGGAGAAUCCGGCUCCCCGAGAUUUGUGGGUUGUGUCAGCUGUUGGCGUAAGGCAGAUAAAACCUGUAGUUUUGCUGUUCAGGUCCUGACAAGAUUAAAGCCCAGCCUUCAAAGCCCCAUUAAAAGGGGUGUGUUUGUAACACGGGGAUAUAAACACUUCUUGUGCUGGGACGGUCGUUUUUUAACACACAAAGCUGUUGAUGCCAGCCGUCUCAGCAUUGGAGACUUGGGCAACGCCACCGCUUCUGACUCCCAUUUGCCAUGGGAGACACUCCUGCAGAGGUUGCGAUGUCUGCCAAACAGCCCAGCGUGAACAAGAUAAUUGUGUUCGACAAAGCCAAUUUUGAGGGGCUUAGCAAAGAGUUCACCUGUGACAUCCCUGACCUUCACGACCUGGAUUUUGGCGAUUGCAUCUCCUCCCUGAAGGUGAUUGGGCAGCCUUGGGUCGCCUACAAAGCCUCCAAGUUUGAGGGGGACGGCUUUGCUUUUGAGGAAGGGGAUUAUGAAGAGAUCGAUAACAACAACAAAAUCUCCUCCCUCCGACUGGUCCACUACGAUCUCUCCGACCCCCAGAUCACCCUCUACGAACUCCCCAACUACGAGGGCCAGAGCAAAGUGGUGAAGGAGGAGACCAACCUCACCUAUGGCUACUUCAAUGACCGGGUCUCUUCCCACGUGGUGCAGAGCGGUGCCUGGCUCCUGUAUAGGCACCCGAACCGUGGUGGGUGGUACCACAUCGCCUGGCCCGGGGAGCAUGUCCACGACUACAAAACGGAGCUCAACUUUGACGACAGCUUGUCCCACUUGCGCCCCCUGCAGCCCGGCCGCCCCAUCAUCACCACCAAGCUCCUAUGGGACCAGAAGAAAGUGGAGGACGAGAAGGACAUUCUGAUCGACGAGAUCGUGGGAACCAACUGCACCGAGUAUGAGCAAGCGUUCACCGCCAACACUUGCCGGGAGUACAAUGCCACCAUCAUCCAGAGCUUCCACUUCAGCAACACCACGUCCCUGAAGCUUGGCUUCUCUUUCCAGGUCACUGUGGGAGGUGCCAACGUCUUGGUGGUGGAGAAAGGGAAGCACGAGUCGACUACCACCAGCGAGAAGGUGGAGGUCAUGCUGCCUGCCAAGAUCCCUCCUUGCACCCAGCUCACGAUUCACGUGGUCAAGAAGGAGACCACCACCUCGGUGCCAGUGGAGCUGACCAUCUGCCAGAAUGGGAAGGAAAGGAAAGAGCAUGCAGAGUACCGGUGUGUGUCUGGCCGCACCAUCAGCACCAGGUACACCAUGAAGCCUGCCUCGGCAGCGCAGGAUGCUGCCUUCACCAAACCUUCUCGUGUGGAAAUAAGGGAGCAUUCCCAGGCUCAGCCUGAACCAGGAACAUCUGGGGAGAGAUCCUAAACCCCUGCCUGAAUGAGCUUUUUUGAUGUUGCUCAAGGACGACAGAGGAUUGGACAGUGUUCUCGAAGCUACUAAC